UAUUAUCUUUCUUCAACAUGUUCCUUGUAAUCGAUCUUCCUUUGCUGCUUCCAAAUUCCACCCCCUCAAAUCAACAAAUACAGUCCAAACGCUCGCUCACCGUCUGCUUGUCAUAAUGCCCAGAAGGACAAGAAACUCAAAUAAACUCUCCUCCUCCUCUUCCUCAGCCACCACCCUGAAACCACCCCAUAAUUCCAGUGCCCGCAAGCCAGACUUUCACAACAAUGGCCUUUCCCCGCAAAAACAUAAUCCCGCUGAAAAAAGAUCCCUAGUUUGCGGCAUUCCCCGUUCCGGGUCCACUAAAUUUCCAAUCUCUCGUUACGAUAGGGUCCGUGAGGUUUCGACUCCUAGGAGAUCCUUAAGGCUUUCUUUGUUGCAGGGCCCAAAUGCAAAUCAACUUGUCAGCAACAAGAUUAGCGAUUGCAAGUCCGAUGAUAGGAGGGUUUUGUCUUCGAAUGAAGUAAAAGGUGAAGUGGAAAUGAAAAAGGUUUCGACUCGUAGGAGAUCUUUAAGGCUUUCUUUGUUGCAGGGCACAAAUGCAAAUCAACUUGUCAGCAACAAGACUAGUGAUUGCAAGUCUGAUGAUACGAGGGUUUGGUCUUCGAAUGAAGUAAAAGGUGAAGUGGAAAUGAAAACCAGUAACAGGAGUUGUGUUAUUACUUUUGGAUUUAAAGCAGCCAAAGCAAGAGUGAGUGCCAUUGAUGUCUGUGAAACAAAUGAACAAGAAAUUAAUAAUAACAACAGGAAGAGAAAGAGAACAGACGAAGCUAAUAUAAGGGCUGUUCACGAGUGGACAAAGGAGCAAGAAAUGGUUUUGCAAAGAGCUUAUUUUACCACCAAGCCUACCCCUCAUUUCUGGAAGAAGGUUUCUAAGCUGGUUCCUGGAAAGUCUGCACAGGAUUGUUUUGAGAAAGUAAACUCUGAUCAUAUGACUCCACCUCAAGCUUUGCGGCGAUCAAGGGCUAAGAGAAUAAACUCAUCACCUCUUGAAAGCUCUUCGCUCUCUGCUAGCAAGAUACUUCAUCCGUCUGGCCCAAAGAGUAAACGAUUGAGAUGUGAGCAGAAGGAUCAACUCGCACAUAAAAAUGUUAGAGAGUUAUUGCAAAAUCAGAAUCGAAUGGACCGAGAUUAUGAAGCAGACUUUUUCUCCAUUUUUGAACCUGACAUGAAUCCAUCUACUCAAGAUUCUCAGCUGGCUGUUAAAAUUUCCACCCCCGAGCACUCAAAAGUAAAACAGGGUUUUCUUCACAAGUUCCAUGAGAAAUCUUCUUCUGGCCAUAAAAAGCCCCUUUCAAGAUUGAGUUCAUGUGGGAUAAAUAUUGUUAGUCCCCCAGUACUGAAGCAGGUGAAAAACAGGGCUUUACAUGAAAAAUAUAUUGACCAAUUACACUGCAGGGAAGCUAAGAGAAAGGCAGCAUAUGCACGGGCAGGAAAAUCAGCGGGAAAAAAGAACAGGGGGGAGAUCAAUGUUCAGAAAAUAGAUGUGGUUAGAGCUGCAAAAAAUUCCCUGGUUUCUGAUGUACAAGAUGCUCUUAAUCACAUCCAUGAUCUACAAGCUAAUGCCAGCAGCUCUUCUGAUUUUGAUGAUGAUGGUGUUGGCAGUGAUGAUGAUGGAGGUGAAAGUGGACUAUGAGGUAAUUGUUUUACUUUGUUGGUCUUUGUGUUUGAUGGUGAAGAUGGAAAAAUCCCACCAAAACGAAACACACUAACUCCGAUGAAUUAUGACUUCCGUAUUCAACAGUUUAGCAAUGCUAGUUGGAGCUGCCUUGUAAAAGUGUACUAAUUCUUUGGUCCUGUACAGUAGAAUAAUCUUAGGUUACUCUUGUAGAUUUCUUUUUUUUUUUCCUUCUUUUUUAUUUCGAAGAAAUUGUCAGUCAUGCUUCCAGAUGCUCAUUCUUUUCUAAUGUAGAAGUAUGCCAUUAAUUCUA